AUGCCUCGCAAACAUAAAUCCAAUCGCCGCUCAACCAAGCACAGACAAGAUGCCGUAGAUUCCGACUUCAGCGUGGAUAGACGCAUCGUAAAGGACGACUCCCACUCUCGGGGCCGAAGAGACCGCAGUAGCAGCAAGAAGCGAGUCAUCCCAGAUACGGCCGAACAACUCCGUCCGCGCAAGCAUAACAAACACCGCCGCUACAAACUUCGCGCGGAUAACGACGGCGAUUCCGCGAUGCCCCCGACGCCACCUUCAAGCCCGCUGCCUGCAGACGAAAUUCAACGCUCUUACAAACGGGACAGCAACGGCUCCAACGCCCGCAGACGCCACGUCCCGGAAAUCCCCACCAGACAAACCAAAACUUCGCGGGGCAGACAAGAGCCAUACGGCGAUUCGGCCAUCAAAAACUACCGCUUCCGUCACCAUGUUCUGUCCCUUCUCGACCAGCAACGAGAUGUCAUUGAGACGUGGGCGGACAGCGUCGGCGCCGGCGGUCCCGCGGAGCCGAUGGACUGGCAACCGGAGCAAGAGCGGAUCGUCUAUUUCGCCCGGCUCCCCGUGGAGGACAACUGCUACGAAAAUCGGUGGAGAACCGACGAGACGAAGGAUGAGGCGCCGGCGUUCCCGAACUUGGGGUCGUGGGCCAGCGAGCGGUGGCUCGAUGGGUCGAUGAUGUGGGGUGGUGCUCCGGCAGUUGGACCGGGUCUGGUGGAGGAGAUUGAAUGA